CGUAGUCGUCAUUUCGCACGCGGGCCCACUCCAUCAUACAUACCUCACGUCAGCGCUGAUCAGGCAGCAAAUCUCUACAACAGUAUCAGGCCAUAGGAUUUAGCUAUGUAGGUACCUGGAACACAUACAAUGCAGGCUAUGCACUUUGUAACGGUUGGGCUGCUUCUGAUGCUGACCGUGGGUGAUGUCCCUUCUGUAUGGGGGCAGGAGACGAACAAGCCGCUAGAGGGGGCAAUGAUUGCCCCCGUGAUGAGGUCCGCAAUGUGGGCCUACCUCGGGAAUGCCGCUUAUGCCAACCAACUUUGGCAAGCUGUCAACCAUGACUACUUCGACAGACUUAAUUGUGGCGCGAAAAGAUCGACUGACGCGGAUUACGAACGGAAGUGUGGCCCCUGUGGCGAUGCCGCCGACUCCAACAGGCCAAACGAGUACGGCGGAAAGUACUCCAUCGGCGAGGUAGUUGCGCAGUAUCACGAAGGCCAUCAAAUAAACAUCUCCGUGGACAUUAGAAGUAUAAAUCAAGGAGGCACAUUCCGAUUUUCGCUGUGUGUUACAGAUAAAACCACAAGAGUAUCCCACUCCUGUUUCCGACAACAUGUAUUACGAUGGCAGAACACCCAGAUAACACGAAUCCCAGUACCACGACAGCUUGGCCUGGCGACAUACACCCUACAGCUGCCAGCCGGGCUCACCUGUCAGAACUGUGUAAUACAGUGGCUAUGGAGAGAUGAUACCUCUACAUGCGAUCCCCCUAGAAGUAAUAACUGUGGUCAACAGACCGUGACCAACUGUGCUGACGUUCAGAUCCUCAGCGCUGGCGUUCCCCUUACGGCUAACUUCGACAAACCAAGAUACGAUGCUUAUGCAAGCAUUUUCGAUCCAAUGGAUACAGGUGGUGAUGGCGCGGAUGACCAUGGUAUCGGGAUACACGUACCUAGAUCGUCAUUGGACCCCGCCGUGACAAUAAAACCUCCAGAUCCGUCGCCUGGUGGAUCGGUCUCUAUACAAAUCCCAGGCGGUGUUCCCCCAACAACCCAAUUGCCUGGCGGAUCUAUCCCUGUCAUCACACCAGGCGGGAGGCCCUCCACAAACCCGUCGACUGAUAGUUCUCUCCCUGUGAUUACAGUCAUACCGGACGGCGCAUCUUCGGCAAAUUCUACAACAGGUAUUGAUGAUGAUAAUCCACCAGAGACAUCAGAGAAACUUGUGGGCCCAAUCGGAGUCGUUCUGCCUGCUGUGGUUGGAACGACAAAUGUGCUUGCAGGCAAUACAGGUUUAGGCAUCGCAUUACUUGUCCUCGCCUUGUACAUGUAUAUGUCACAACAGCCAUUGAUACAAGGUAAUACAGUAUUUGGUACACCAAUGCCACCUACAUUUUCCCCCUCACCCUUGGCGUAUCAAAGUUACCUGAAUCCAGCAACAUCAUUUCAGCAGGCAGUUGCACCUAGUGGAUCGGUUUACAAUAGUGGUGUAUUUCCCUACACACAGACUGUCAGUGGGGGAGUUUUCCAGGGACAAUCCGGUUUUGGCGGGGUGUCAUAUCCAUACUUACAAAACAGUAAUGUCGCACCAGGAGUGUUGAACUCAGCAAUUGGUCCGAAUGUCGCGUCAGGGGUGUUUAACUCCGCAAUUGGUCCGAAUGUCGCCCCAGGAGUGUUUCAAUCAGCAAACAGUCCGAAUGUCGCAACAGGAGUGUUUAACACAGCUAUUGGUACGUUACCACAGACUGGUUUCGCAAGUCCCGGAAUUGCCAACACUGGUUUUACAUCUUUCCAGGCGCCAAUAACAAUUGGCGGUGUUUCUACGGGUUUAUCAUCCGGCUCACCCUUCAUACCACAAAGUUUGGCAGGAAACGGCUUCGUUUCAGCGAGGUCAAAUAUCCCAAUUACCAACAACGGGUUCAGUGUAACUCGGCAGUUUCCACAAGGCAAUAAUGCAUUUGCUCAGAUUCCAACACAACAAUCUUCCGCCAUCGGUAACACACAAAUACAGGAGACUUUUCAGACACAGACGUCCUUCCAAACGCCAUUCCAGAACAGACCAGAUAUAGUGAUACCUCAAUUUGACCAGGAGCCAUCUACAAUUCGACAAAGGGAAACGAAGUCGAAUCAGGAGGAAGACAUCGAGAAAGAGAAGAGCUGCGAAUGUCAUUCGCAUAUGUACAUAUUGACCGCUCAUUGUCACGUGAUGUCGGCGACGGAAUGCCGGGAAGACGACGCAUGUUUCUGUAACGAAGAUAAACGUCCACUUCCGGCAAAGUUUCAUCGAGGACAGCGCCCACUGUCGUCAAUUAACACUAAGCCAGGUCAGAAAAUGAUAUUGCCAACACAGCGUAGACAAUUGCCGCGCCGUCUUCCUUCAAUGCGAUAUAAUAAACAAAACUAGUUCUUCGACAUUUUGUCAUUAAUAUCUGUAUAAAAAGUUCGAGAAGGUAGUUCAAGUAAAGAUCUGAUUCUAAAGAGUAACUGAUUGUUCCAAAAAAAGUACAAAAUUUCUGAAAUAUUUCCUGGUGUUCUUUCUAUUACGAAUUAUGGUGUUUUAUCCAAGGUAAUUAUUUAAUUGUAUAUUAUACCGCAUACCUAUUUGUAUCGUCUUUGUGCUCAGGAUAACGGAUUUAUGAUCCGUCGUAUCAAUUAAUGCUUAUAAAAAGGUUUGUCUGGGUGGUUUGCAUUUUCUUUUUAAUCCUUUAUGAAGAGAUUACUUAAAAUUUAAUAACAGAUAAAAACUUUGCCGUUC